GACCAAUGGAGUGUGGGUUUGUUGUGGUCCUGGAGCCGGAGAUCGGAGCCUGGGGAAGGGGCUAAUGGCGGCGGGUGCCUUCCUGACGUGAGAUGUCUCGAGGGGAGCCAAGCCUAGAGCCCAGGCCCUGGCUGGUUUGUAGUGUCCAUCCUGCUAAGGCCGCCGUGUCCCUGUCAUCACUGCGCUUCCCCCGAGCUCCAGGAGGAAGCCAUGGCUAUUUGACAUCACAGUUGUGGUGUGACACUAUUUCGUUUUGAUCAUGAACACCGAUCUCUGGAAAACCAUCCUGGUCGCUAAGCAGGAGAAGCAUAAAAAACUAUUUCUCAACUAUAAGAACUUAUGCAAAUUUCCUCAUGAAUUACUGAAAGAUGGUGGCUCAGAAUACUUGGAGCACCUUUAUAUGAAGAUGAAUUCAUUAACAACAUUGCCAGAAAACCUCGGAGAGAAACUUCCUAAUCUCACUGAAUUAUACUUACAUUCAAACAACAUUUCUGUCAUUCCUGAAGCAAUUGGAACUUUGGUUAAACUUCAGUCAUUGGAUCUUAGUAAUAAUGCAUUGGCAAUUCUCUGUCCUGAGAUUGGUCAGUUGAAAUCUUUACGACACCUGCGAUUGGCCAACAACCAUCUGAAAUUCCUUCCAUCAGAAAUUGGAGAUCUAAGAGAGCUGCAGACUCUCGACAUCUCAACCAAUUGCUUGACGGCGUUGCCAGAGAGCCUUCAUUUAUGCUUUGCCCUGCAAUAUUUGGCAGCUGACCGGAACCACCUGGAGAAUUUGCCUAGACAGCUUUGUAUGCUUCCAAACUUGAAUGAACUCUCUGUUACAAGCAACUGUUUAAAAUGUUUACCACAAGAUUUAGGGCGAUAUCCAGAACUACAGUAUGUGUAUGUAGAUAACAACUUUCAGCUAUAUGGACUACCUUCUUACCUAUACAACAAAGUUAUCGGCCACAGUGGCUGUGGUUCCUCUUUGAAAAAUGAAGAAGUGAAGCUUUCAUUCACCCACAGGCAGCUGACCAUUACUGUACCUGAUGAAAUCCAGACAAUAGGAACAGAAAAUGAUACUGUCCCACCACUUCAAGAAAUGGUUAUGAGGACCAUCUACAAAUUUUACCACACGUCUAAGAAAGCUCAAGGAAGGCAUUCGAAUGAGAGGAAGACCAAGGAAGCACUUCAAAGACUCCCGAAAAAUUUACACGAAGAAUUGCAAAAUAGACAUCAAUGACUGGGAGACUCUCAUUCAGAAGAAACCAACUUGGAGGAAGCUCCUGUAUGAGAACACCCAACAGCAAGAGGGAAUGUGGAAAAGGAACCUGAGGAAGGAAUGCUCAUGAUCCCGAGGCCAAGGAUCAACUCCUCCUCCCAGGAACACCUGCCAAAUGUAUGGUUGGAGAUGCAGCUCUAAGAUCAGGCUUAUCAAUCACACAGGGACCCAUAGAACCCAUUGCCAGUGAAUUGAAUUUCUUAGAUGGACAAUCAUAUUCAUUAGUGAGUGAUUGCCGACAAUGACAAUAGCUCCAUCUCAUCUAAGCCUACCUUUGUAAUAAUUUAUUCCCUUCCACGUCAUACGAAUUUAAAUUCCGUAGCCGCUGUGUUGGGAGUUGAAUUCAUUGCCCCAGAGUAUUAGCCUGGCCUUCUGGAUAAAUAGCUCAGUUCCUUUACCGCUAUCCUGUCUCCCCUAAAUAUCUUUUCCAUCACACAAAGACCAGAAAAUAUUUAAGUGUGGUCUAAAUGCGAUAUGAUACAGGUUUAGCUUCUUUCUUUCACUUCCAUCUUUCUAGAUAUAAAACCUAAUGCUUGGUUUGCUCUUUUUACAGUCUUCCUAACCUUGGUGCAGAAUUUGAUGUAUUUGUGGUCUGAGAUCCAUUGUUCCUUUACCUGAUGUGAACGUGCACCUUUAAAAUAAUGAGAAAUCUCCAUGUUCUUCCUUCCAAAAUCAGUUAUCUUUUCCUUAUAUGUGCUCAAUUUUGUUUGUCAACUAUUUGCCCAUUCUGUGUGUUUAUUAAUGUUCUCCUGUAAUUUGUUGCACUUUUCCCAGUAUUAGAUUCCAACAACUAUUCUGCUUCCCCCUCAUCCCCAAAGCAAAAUGUUGACCUUUGAAGCCAUAGGCUUAAGGUGAGAGAGGAAAGAUUUAAAAGGGACCUAAGGGGCAACUUUUUCCAGCAGAGGGCGGUGCGUGUAUGUGUGCAUUGGGUUGCUGGGGAAGUGGUGGAGGCUGGUACAAUUAUAACAUUUUAAAGGUAUCUUGCCCCUCUCACCUUAAACCUAUGCCCUCUAGUUUUGGACUCCCAAACCUAGGAGGUGUCCAUAUCAUGCAGCAAGGGCUCUGAGCAAAAUUUGCAACAAAACAUUGAUUUAAGGAAGAUAAAUAAAUACCAUCUCUUAGUAUCUUGUAAUGAUAACUGUUUUCAGUUUGGCAGAUGACAAGGGGCAGUGACUUUAUUUGCACUUUUGAACUAAAAAAUUGACUUGUGGUGUGAGCACACCUGCAGAAAGAGAAACAAAUGUAGUGAAAAUAACAAGAUGCCUGUUGUUAUUCCCUCUCUUCUGUGCUUCCAGUAACAAUAGCACCUUUUAGAUAAUACUGUGAUUGAAGCCAUCUGCUGUCUGCUCCAGUUAUGAUUUUUGCACAAUUACAUAAGCAAGGAUAGAUGAAAGCUGUAAACUUUGUAGGAGUAUGACUUAUCUUUACAAAGAUUAAGUUGCAAUAAAAGAAUGUUUGUUGCGAAGAUAUU